AGACUUCUUCUUUUGAGCUGUCUUUAAUAUUGAGAGCUUUCUGGUCUUACCAGAAUAGGAAAGAUUAAUGUUCAAUCUCAAAAAUUUCUGAAUAUAUUUCUUUAUCCACAGAAAUAAACUGUGGGGAAAAAAAUUAAGAGGCUGCUGAGGCUGCUGUUUCUCUCCACCGCUGAACCACAAGAGAUUUAACACACAAUGGGGCAAGAAGAACCACAAAAUAAAUUAGAAAGAGGCCAGCAUUCCCAGCUGAUCCCUUGGACCAUUGCUAUUUUUUUCAUGUCACUUCUAAGUGCCUGUUUUAUUGCAAAUUGUGUGGUGACUCACCACAACAUUCUACCCUGUAAGAAAGGAACGGGUAUCUUCAGGCUCCCAAAGCAGCACCCAAAGGUGACAUGCGUCAGAGAGAAACCAGAACUGAAAGGGGGCACCUGGAAUUGCUGUCCUGUGGGCUGGAGAGCCUUCCAGUCCAACUGCUAUUUUCCUUUUAAUGACAACAACACGUGGGCUCAGAGUGAAAGCCACUGCUCUGGGAUGGGAGGUCACCUGGCCACCAUCAGCACAGAGGCUGAGCAGAACUUUAUCACUCAACUUUUGGAUAGACGAUUUUCAUAUUUCCUGGGACUUACGAAUGAGAACCUUGAUGGCCAGUGGCAUUGGGUGGACAAGACACCAUUUAACCCACAGAUGGUAUUCUGGCACAAGCGUGAACCCAACAAUGAUCAGAAAGAAAUAUGUGUUGUUCUUGUUAACGUCAAAGACAAAUGGGCCUGGAAUGAUUUUCCUUGUGACCAUAAGGCAAGUUGGAUUUGCAAGAUAACUGGAACUGCAUUCAAUUAAAAACCUACGAAGGGGGCCCUGUGAUGAGGACAGAAAACAAGAAACAAUGU